AUGAACAAGAUCCGCGCCAUCCAAGAGCUCAACAGGAAGGAGCUCGAGCAGGGAAUCUCGCCGGACGCUUCCUGGCACACCGACUACCGCGACACGGCCUUCAUCUACUUUGGCGGACUGCCCUUUGAGCUCUCCGAGGGCGAUGUCGUCACGAUAUUCUCCGAGUAUGGUGAACCCGUCUUCCUGAAGCUCGUGCGCGACAAGGAGACGGGCAAGUCGAGGGGCUUCGGCUGGCUCAAGUACGAGGACCAGCGCAGCACAGACCUCGCCGUCGACAACCUCGGCGGCGCCGAGAUCGGCGGAAGGAUGAUUAGCGUCGACCACGCCCGCUACGCCGCCCGGGACGACGAGGAUCAGGACGAGUUCAGGAUCGGCUGGGAGGACCUGCGGCGCAAGGAAGGGAAACCCGUCGUGCCGGACGAAGCCGAGGCUGACGAAAAAGUGCGGCGGCCCUCUCUGGCGGAAGAGAAGGAGCUCGCAAAACUCAUCCGCGAUCAUGACGACGACGACCCCAUGAAAGGCUUCCUCAUCGAGGAAAAGAGGAAGGAAGUCGACGAAGCGAGGCGGAGAGCCGGGAAGGGGGACGAGAAGCACAAGCACCGACACCACCGGUCACGCAGACACGAGCGAGACGACGGCGGCGACGACGGACGCCGCCGGACCCAUAGGCGUCGGCGGGAAGAUGACGACGACGACGACGACGAUGGAAACGGUAGGUCGCGCAGACGCAAACGAGGAGACGCCGACGACGACGGACGCCGCCGGUCCCAUAGGCGUCGGCGGGAAGACGACGACGACGAUGACGACGACGACGGAGACGGCAGGUCGCGCAGACGCAAGCGAGGAGACGGCGACGAAGAUCGAGCGCGAGGCCGCCGGCAGGAUUCGCCGGCCGAGCGGAUGAGAAGCGACCGAGAGCAUCGGACGCGAAGGCACGGAGAAGACGAGGAAUAUCCGGCCGGGGACAGGCACGACGACAGGCAGACCCGCGACGGUGACCGGCGACGCCCUCGGGAGAUACAUGAGAGCGAACGCGAGGAGAGGAGACGCGGUCGGCGGGAUGCGGACGCGGACGCGGACUCGGCUCGCCGUAGACGGCGCCGCGACGACGGCCACGAGAGGAGCCCGAGGCGUGAAAGCCGAAGCCGUUCCCCUCGACGGCGCAGAGGCUAG